AUGACCCUCCCGCAGCAGCCGGCGGGCUCCGAGGUCGUUGAAACUUCACCUUCUGCUCCAAAGUCUCAAAUUCAAGGAACCCAAAACAAUUCAGCAGCUCUGUCGUGGGCGGCAAGAGCCUCGAAGGCCCCAGCAGCCGCCCCUCCACCCAAGUCCACGGGGCCCCGCAUGGGGGCCCCAAAGGGGCCCCCGACGGAACCUGCUGUAAAUGAUACUGGUAAAGGGAAAGUGGCAGUGCAGAGUCCCUCAGCCUCUGCUGCGCCGAAGAAGCCUGUACCGCUAGCCCUACCUGCUUUCGCUCGGGCGUCUAGAGAACUCCCUGUGGUUGUUGUAGACGCUGGUGCUCUGAUGCGGGUAGAAGCAUUAGAUAGGUACAGAGGGAAGUGCACCUUUAUUACAACAACACAAGCUGCACAGGAAGUGCGAGAUGCUGUGGCACGGCAGAGGAUUGAAUCUCGCAUGUUGGAGGUACACACACUCGAACCCUCAGCUGCCGACAGGGGUUGGGCAGAGAAGUUUGCUGAUAUGACAGGAGACCUUCCCUUCCUCUCGCAGACAGAUCUGGAUCUUAUUGCACUUACAUACAUGCUUCAAAGAGCAACUGGUGAGACGGAGCACCUAAAGGCGAGACCCCCCGCCUUUGAGUUCUUCAGCGAGGUCGAGCUGAUGCAGAAACUGGAGAACGAUGGGGCUGGAAAACAAGUGUGGACACUUCAGCACAAUAGCUGGAACAGCAAGUCUUCUUCCAGUGUUCCUAGAAAUUCGACUGAUACAAAUAAAGACUCUACAGAAGAUGCAGAAAGGGAGGAGGAAGGCGAAUCUGCACACACUGAGGAUGAAGAGGAUGAUAUGGACGCGGAGGAGGGAUGGGUGACAGAGGAGGUGUUGAGGGAGCAUUUGGGUCUUGCUGCUUCGAGUGAUAAUUGCAAUCAUGAGGCUUCCGCAAAAGAAAAUGAAUCAAAUGAACCAAAUGAAUCGCAAGAAACAAACUGUCAGGAAGUGGACAAUUCGCUUUCCAAAGCAUUUGGUGGGUUGGAGCUGCGCGCUGAUAUGCAAGAAAUAGAAGACCUUGUUGCAUGCAUGACCGCAGACUUCUCGAUGCAAAAUGUUUUGCUGCAAAUGGGACUCAAAGUCCUCACUGUCGACGGCAGGAAGAUCCGCACUGUGAAGAUAUGGGCGCUUCUCUGCAGGGCCUGUGGGCAUAUUGAAAGGAAAACCCGACUCUUGUUUUGCUCCAAGUGCGGGCAUUAUACUCUAGAUAGGACCCCGCUGUAUUUCGACCAGAAUACGGGGAAAAUAUUCAUUUUUGAUGGACGCAAAAAGAUUUCCAAGAGGGGGCAGGUGUACUCGAUCCCCAAGGAUAAGGGAGGGAAGCACUCGCGUCCGAUUAUCUUGGCAGCUGAUCAGCUCAUGAUGGGAGGCCUUGAUCGUGAACUCAGACACAAAGAAAACUUAUGGAGAAAAGACGUUGAAUCCAAAAAUCCCUUCUCGCCUAAUUAUUGCCUAGAGGCACAAAGCUGGCAUGUGCGGAUACCAUCUUUCGAUGGCAGUGCUCCUUGUGUUUUGAAGGCACCUCACCGUUGGUCAGCUGCCGUGGAGGCAACGUAUCACGGCAAAAUGUAA